AUGUCUAAAUUGGAAACCGUGCGUACAAAGAAACAAAAUGAAACGAGCUACUCUUUAGACUUCGAGGCAACAGUUCCAUGGACGGACGAGUUUACAGAAGACUUGACUGCCGAAAAUGGUUGUUUGCGUCGAGCGUUGGAUGAGUCGGAGGAGAAGCUUCAAAGGAAGCAAUCGGAAGCAACGGUACCGGCGCCGAUUUUCGGGAAACCGAGCGAGUUGGCUGCCGCGAAGAUAAUCGAGCUCAGCAAGCGGUGCAGGGAACAAACGGCCGAAAUCGAAGUUUUGAAAUCGAAAUGCAAAACCCUCGAGAUUCAUUUGGACAAUAAGGAGGCCGAGCUGGAGAACGAAAGGAGUGACCGGAAACGUUCGAAGACCAACGCUUCGCAAGAGAGUACGGAGAACACUCGAGCGAAGGAGGACGAGGAUCAGACGAGGCAGCUGAACGAGAGGCUGCAGCAAACGCAAACGAAACUGUACGAGUCGAGGAACACUUGCGCCAGUUUGAAACAAGAGAUUAACAAACUGCACAAGUUGCUGUGCAGCGAAGUGGGCGAGACGGUGAACGCAACGAAUUUACUGAAUCAAUCGGGCGGAUGGCGAGGGCGGGCCGAGCAGAUUCACCUGUUGCAGCAGAAAGUAACGGAGUUGCAGUCCAGAUUGUCGGAUUACGAAGGGACUCAGCGGACGUCCAUCGUAUCCUUGGACCGGAAGAGCCUGGCGAGUCUCCGGAACGCUGAGAAAGAGCGGCGUCAGCAGGCUGAGAACUCCGCGAAGCAGCUUCGCCAGUCGGAAAUCGCGAUCGAGGGUUACAAGAGGAAGCUGGAGGCUUCGAAGGCGAGGAUAAGGGUGCUGGAGAACGAGUUGGCUGCGGCGAAAGGGAGCAUCGCGGUGUUAAAUGAGAAGAGAUCUCACGAUGACCAGCUGAUCGAGACUCUGGGCAGUCGACUGAAGACGAUGGAAACGAGGCACCAGGAAAGGGAGACGGACGCGAAGAGCAGAGAGGAGAGGAUCGAGCGCGAGUGCAUGAACCUGAAGAACGAUCUGCAGUCCGCGCAGCUUCAGAUCGAGCGGCUGAGGAGGAAGCUGGAGGAACGGGAGAUCGAGAUCGACAAACUCAGGUCUGCCACGGUGUUUAGCACCGAAGGUUCGACUUCUCGAUCGGACAUUGAUUUUAGAGACGGAAUCGUUCCUAGCGCUGGAUCCAAAGCUCAGAAGACCGUCCAGCCGAAGGUCUACCUAAAUAGCUCGAGUCACAGCCCCCCGCAGAGCUUCAGAAGUUCGGGCGACCCGAACGAGUACGUAACAGUCGCCCUCGCGGCUGAAGCUGAGAGAGAAAGAUUGCUGGAGCUGGCCGCCGUGUUAAACAGGCGACUGGACAAAGAAAGAACCGACGCUGACAUUCUGUCCAACUCUUUGCGCGACGAAAGACACAAGUCGGCGAGGUUGGAGCUGAAGCUGCGAAAAUUGGAGACCGAAAGGGCCGGGCUGGUGAGGAUCGACACGGGGUACAGGUCGAGGCUCUUGUCCAGGUCGUUGAAAGCCAACGACGAGUUCAUCAACACGGAAGAAACGCGGCUCAAAAUGGAGUUGCUUCAGGAAGAGUGUCUCGCCCUGAAGGCGAGGCUGGACACGGUGCAGCAAGACAGGGCGUCGGACCUCGUCAAGUACAAACAGAUGCUCGACGAAGUUAGGAAAAUCUUUCAAAACGCGUGGAGGUAA